CUGCAUUGCUGUUCUGAGGUGCCACUCUUUUGCGCAUAAUACUGUAAUCUCACAAUCUCAUCACAGUUUUAGCAUGUGCCAGGGAACGCUGUUGAUUAUAAUAAUGCAAUGACAGGGACAUCUAUAUUUCGUAUCCCUAGCCCGGCAGCGGAGACAGAGCAUCCUCUUAUCGAAGAGAGAACUCUGCAAAGAUGCAGAGGGAUGCAGAUUGAUCAAUCAAUUGAUAGAAGGAGCGCUUGCCCGUGACGUAACCGCUUCUGUUGUGUGAAUGAGCGGAGGAGAAGCCUUCUUCCCAUGAAACGUUUUAAGAGUUGAAAGCACAGCAGUGGAUAUGGAGAAAUGUCACUUAACUGUCUGGAUUGAAAAGAGUAUAUUCUUGGAAAUGGUGCAAUCAAAUAAGUAAAAAGCCAGCGACACUGAUGCCAGGUGCAGGCCGUCGUUGGGAGCACUCCGAGCAGCACUUGGGAUGAGUGGUGCAGUAGAGCAGGCGGCAGACAUCCUGUCAGUCACAGACUUGGUCCGGGAGAGAUGGAGAGUGCUGAAGAAAAUUGGUGGGGGUGGCUUCGGGGAGAUCUACGAGGUGCUGGAUCAGCUGAGCCAGGUCAACGUGGCCCUGAAGGUGGAGUCUGCUCAGCAGCCCAAACAGGUGCUGAAGAUGGAGGUGGCCGUGCUGAAGAAGCUCCAGGGUAAAGAUCAUGUGUGUCGCUUUGUAGGCUGUGGCCGCAAUGACCGCUUCAACUAUGUGGUGAUGGAACUUCAGGGGAGGAAUCUGGCAGACCUGCGGAGAACUAUGUCUCGCGGCACCUUCACCGUCUCCACCACUCUGAGGCUGGGCCGACAGAUGCUGGAGGCCAUCGAGAGCAUCCACUCUGUGGGCUUCCUGCACCGCGACAUCAAACCGUCAAACUUUGCCAUGGGGCGCCUGGCCAGCACGUGUCGAUGCUGCUACAUGCUCGACUUUGGUCUGGCCCGACAGUUCACCAACUCUUGUCAGGAAGUGCGUCCUCCUCGUCCCGUGGCAGGGUUCAGAGGAACGGUGCGCUAUGCCUCAGUCAACGCACACAAGAAUAAGGAGAUGGGUCGCCAUGAUGACCUCUGGUCUCUCUUCUACAUGCUGGUGGAGUUCACGGUGGGCCAGCUACCCUGGAGGAAGGUCAAAGACAAAGAACAGGUGGGGAACCUAAAAGAGACCUACGACAAUCGCCUCAUGCUCAAACACCUCCCUUCAGAGUUCAGCGUCUUCCUGGAUCAUAUCCUGACCCUGGACUACUUCACUAAGCCUGACUAUCAGCUACUAAUUUCAGUGUUUGAAAAUGCCAUGAAGAGCCACAACGUGUUGGAGAACGACCCGUAUGACUGGGAGAGGUGCGACUCAGAGGAUAUGCUGACCAUCACCGGUUCAGCCACUACCGCUCAGCAACUGACCCGCCUCACACCAGCUUACAUUGGCAUGGCCAAUGCCUCGGUGCUCCCCGCCGAGCUGCAGAGGGAGAACACUGAGGACGUACUGCAGGGCGAGCGCCUCAGCGACGCCGACAACUGCCCCCCCAUCCCGGCCCAGCACCAACGUGCUGCCCAGGGCGUUGACGUGUGGGAGGAGAUGGACCGCAACCGCAACUGCAACCACGCCGCAGCCCAGCAACAACAACAACCGCUCAUCAGGAAGGUGGUGAAUGAGGACGAGCACAGCCGGAACCAGGGUGGCAACCAGAGCCAGAGCUCCCCCAGAAGGGUGCGCUCAGAGACCAUGUUCCUGGACCGGGCGGCCCCCCUGCUCCGGAGGAUGAGACACAGCCAGAGCCUGGCAUUCGAGAAGAGACUGGCUCCCGAACCCAAGCCCACCAUCGAACGCUUCCUUGAUGCCUAUCUGGGAAAUCAGCCUCCACAGGAGCGAGAGAUCACCAUCCCCGAAAGCGGCGGGGGGCGGGUUGAGCAGGUUGGCACCCCCUGUGACGAGGACCAGGCGACAGAGACUCCCGGCGGAGUGGGGACCCCCGACCAGGAGGAGGGGGCUGUGGCCCUGAACCUCAGUUCUGUUCCCCAGGAGGGAAACUCCCAGGAUUGGUUGAUGCUGGAGCAGGGGGGAGGCAGCCAAGCCUCGGGGGCAGCCAAGCCUCCAGGAGUCUAUGCUCUGGAUGGAAAUAAACUAGAGGUGCAUUCAGAGGCUGAGUUCCAGGACCACCAGCCUCCCUCAGCCCCAAGCAGCCCCGUCCUGUCCCACAUGGCCCUGCCCUGUACCUGGUUACUGGGCGGCAGGAGGCUGCCUGGGAUGCUAGGCCACAUGGGCCGAGCCCAGAUGGAGCAGUCUGCCAACCUUGUACCACAGUCCCCUGGGAUGGAGAAGAGUGAAGCCAUACCACUAGAGGCCCUGUCAACCAAACCCAAUGACCCCCAAGAGGUCAAGGUCGACGAGCUGGAGAUUGUCGAGUCAGCCCCCAGCCCUGUGCCAAGCCUCAUCCCAGCCCACCUCGCAAACGAUAAAGACCCAGAGAGCGACUCAGGCCUCCCCGACCGUUCCUCCGAACCCAACCAACACCCUCAGAUGGAGAAAGCCGGAAGUGCCGCGGAGAGCACCGGCACCUUCUCCUCCUCCCCUCCCCCACCCACCUUGGUACUGCUGCGAAGAGAAUCCCCCUCCUCGCCCAGAUUGAGCCGCAUCCCCAUACGAGAUCCAACCACCGUCCCGGAUUCCCCCACCAUAGACCGCCGCCACCGCUGGAGCAGCCCCGUGCCUGGCUCGCCCUCCCACUCGCCCUCGCCAUCGCUCUCCUGCGACAACCUGCUGCCCUGUGGCGUCCGGGAGAGGUUCCUUUCCUGCUCAGACCGUGGCUCACGCUCCGACUGGCUGGGGGAAGACCGUGACUCCCUCUCGCUCUCCUCCUCGGGCAGCAGGAGUAAAAUCCCCCGGCCUGUCAUUCCCCCUCUUCCGGGGCUCGAGCAGCAGCAGCUCUCCUCCUCCGGCAGGUUUCUGCCUCGUCCGCCUCCCGGGAAACCGCCCACCCGCCCAGCUGUAGACAACAGUAGGCGCCGGCGUUUCCGGGUGCGCGCCAGCAGCACCAGCGACGCCGACUUCCUUGCCAGUCUGACCCAACUGAUAAAGGACCGCGGCGGUGCACUUUCCAGUCCGGCGCCACACCCCCGCAGCUCUUCCUCCUCUCUACAGCGCUCACUCAGCUCCUCCCCCUCACGUCACGAGCUCCGCGAGGGGGGAGGGGUAUUCCUGGGGCGUAGCCGCUCUCCGUCCAGCUUCUCGGGGUCCCCUCCCCCUCCAUGGUACCCCCAGGACAGGCUUAGUGGGCGGCAGGGGAUCCCGUGGGGCGCAGGGCCCGGUGCCAGAGGGAGGGGCCCUAGCCACGAGGGCAAAGGCAGCGGCAAAGUGAGCCGAUAAGUGGACAGAAUGGGGAUCAGUGUGUUGUUCAGAAGGGCACACCGUUGUAAAACAUUUUGCAACGAUAAACCCGAAAUGAGCAUUUCUAAUUGGACACGUUCAGCCAGGGCCUUGUCAGUUCAUUAGGCGGCCACCUAUGGCGGCAGAUUGACGAGGGUGGCAUUUUCUGGGCUAAACUAAACAAGAUGCACACCCAACAACACAACCUCAAAUAAUUCUGCCCCAAAACAAUGACAAUUUCUCUCAACCAGUGGCAUAUGGGCUUUUUAGGUGAGCACUGAUGCUGCCCUGUGAUAAGCAGUUCCCACUUUGUCAAGGGCAGGGGCACAAAAAUGUUGCUUGUCCAUUGGGCGCUCCACCAACGUUCCGUUAAGAAAAUGAUCUAACAUAAAUCAUGUAGCAGAUAUAGCCAGCGUAAAAACAUGAGCCGUUCACAAUAAUUACAGCAAAAUGUCAAGAAAACUAUGCUAUUACACCACUUUAUAAUUACCGCAUGUCAGAGGCAUGACAAAUUAGCGAAUGGACUUGAAAACGGGUGGUAUAGCCUACAGUCAAAUGUGAUGUGGUUUGACGAGAAUAUUGACAUUUUGCCAAGGCAGAGACGUGGCGACAUGACAAUAGCCAAAUUUGUCAUUUUACUUUUUGGUGUUUACGUUUAACAGAUGUCUCUUUACAUUCACCACUGUUUGGAGUCUGGUAAUAUGUUGCAAGUGGAUGAACGUGCACUGGUAGCCUAUGACGGAGCCCUUUGAAGUUUAACAAUCAGAUGAAAACAUUUUGACUGGUUGUUUUUAUGCCACAGUAUAAGGUAAUGCAUUUUAAAAGUUAAAUAACAGAUCUUUACGACUAGGCCCACUGAGAUCCUAUUGAAUUAAUAGGGACUCAUUAAUUAAUAGGGACUCAUUAAUAGGGAUAUCAUUCUAUGAUUAGGCCCUUGGGAAAAAUGAUUAGGCCCUUGGGAAAAUGUUGUGCGCACGCGGUUGGUCCCAUACCGGCAAGAAAUUAAUUAUACUUUCACCACUGAAUAUAGCAUAUGGUAGAAAGAGUAUGUGGCCUUUUCUGUAGCCUACAGGCCGGAGAUCAAAUGUAUGACGAUGUAAUGAGACUUUUUACAUCAUACAGGUUUCUCCGAUCAAAUACCCUAAUCUAAAUUGCGUUGACAUGUUAAACAACAUAUCCUAAAAACAGGACAGGUCAUAGUAAAAUGGACAAUAUGAAAUGGAUAAUCAGGUUACUCACAACUGCUGUCCAGAAGUUUCACCCCGUGGGGAAAAUGUUCAGUGGUUUAAAGUUUGUAUCUGUACAUUUUUGUCGAGCUGAUCAUGGCGAAAAAAUAAAAUACUUCUGAUUUCCCGCUGUGUAAACACAUUGCAAAUAGGCUCAGGAUAACUCCUGAUGAAGUUGAUAUUCAGAGUUGAAAUAGCCAAAUUGAUUAGUCACAGGAAUCAGGACUAAUAAAGCCAAUGCAACGCCUGUUUUACAAACGGUGGGUCUUCCACAUGGAUGGGCGUUGAUAAAAUUCCUUUGCAGACCAACACAGUAGGCUUCACUCUAGCAAGCAUGGGCCGACAUCUCCUGGAUGUCUUUUUUUGGUCCUGUCCGGAGCUGCCGUCUUUUAUUGGUGUUUUACAAACGGUAGGCCUACUACAUAGAUGGGCAUUCGUAAAAUUGGAAUUAGACGACACUGUAGGCUACACCUCAGUAAGCACGGAUCGAUGCCGUCGCCUUUUGGAUGUCUUUUUUUUUGAGGGGUCCUGUCUGGACCGGCGUUGAUUUCCACGUCCACGGAUGUUGGUUUUUAGUCCGGUCCAGACCAAAUCAUAGACAUCUAUGUUUGGUUCAGAUUUGGUCCGGUCUGGACCGUCUUUCAUUUGUCUCGCCUAGGGUGAUAGAACAGCCAGGGCCAGCCCUGCUUCCAGCAGGUACAUCUCUGUUUACAUCUCUGUUUCGUCCCCACUGCACACGGCCCUAUGGCUACUCAGACUGUAAUAAUGUAUGUACAGAGAACGUAUUGUAUCUGAUCCAAUCUUCAACUUUGACAGCAUGUGUAAAUAUGUAUGAUCUACUACUGUACUCCAGGGAAUGUACUGUAUGUAAUGUAAAAUGUACGAUAGAAUGUAUCUAUUUAUUUGACGUGUCUCGAAAAAUGUACUUGAAAAAUGUAGCUUGAUUCCAGCGUCGGAACGUCACGUUUCCGAAAAACAUUGAGAUGGUCUACUCUUUCUCCCUGACCCCAGUCCUGUGUUCUUAACACUAUGUAUGUAUGUGUGUAUGUAUGUAUGCCAUGAGACCAAAAAGAUCUGUACUGUAUCAUAUGAGGGAUCUAAAGGAGGUCGACUUGUAUAUACAGUUGAAGUCGGAAGUUUACAUACACUUUGGUUGGAGUCAUUAAAACUCGUUUUUCAACCACUCCACAAAUUUCUUGUUAACAAACUAUAGUUUUGGCGAGUCAGUUUGGACAUCUACUUUGUGCAUGACACAAGUCAUUUUUCCAACAAUUGUUUACAGACAGAUUAUUUCACUGUAUCACAAUUCCAGUGGGUCAGAAGUUUACAUACACUAAGUUGACUGUGCCUUGACUGUGACAGCAAGGAAGAAGCCACUGCUCCAAAACCGCCAUAAAAAGCCAGACUAUGGUUUGCAGCUGCACAUGGGGACAAAGAUCAUACUUUCCUGACCUGGGUCUUUCAAAUGGACAAUGACCCCAAGCAUACUUCCAAAGUUGUGGCAAAAUGGCUUAAGGACAACAAAGUCAAGGUUUUGGAGUGGCCAUCACAAAGCCCUGAUCUCAAUCCUAUAGAAAAUUUGUGGGCAGAGCUGAAAAAGCGUGUGCGAGCAAGGUGGCCUACAAACCUGACUCAGUUACACCCAGCUCUGUCAGGAUGAAUGGGCUAAAAUUCACCCAACUUAUUGUGGGAAGCUUGUGGAAGGCUACCUGAAACGUUUGACCCAAGUUAAACAAUUUAAAGACAAUGCUACCAAAUACUAAUUGAGUGUAUGUAAACGUUUGACCCACUGGGAAUGUGAUAAAAGAAAUAAAAGCUGAAAUAAAUCACUCUCCACUAUUAUUCUGACAUUUCACAUUCUUAAAAUAAAGAGGUGAUGCUAACUGCCCUAAGACAGCGAAUUUGUACUAGGAUUAAAUGUCAGCCAUUGUAAAAAACUGUUUAAAUGUGUUUGGCUAAGGUGUACGUAAACUUCCGACUUCAACUGUAUGUACCGUUUUAAAAAGAUAAUUGUAUAGAGAGCACUUCAGUGCUGUUCAAUCAAACUAAAUGUUCAUCUUAUUGCACCAACAUAUCGGCAUUCAUUUGUAAUGACCAGGGCAUGUAGUCCCAUCUAAACUCCAUUCCUCCUUUCCCUAAAACUACUAGAUGAAACAUCUAUUUCAAGCUAUUUAAAAGAUCUCACUCACUCUGGCGUAUUCACAAUGUAAUUCUGUGAUUUUAUUGCGAGAAAAUCUCUUGAUUUAGGUGAUGUGGAGGUGUCACACUGUUGGAAUGUAAAAAAAUAAAAUAAAAAGCACUCAUACUGAAUUAAUGUAACAAGUGCAUGGAUAUCAUUGCAAAUAUAUGUGUAUUUUUAAAAUAAUUUGUAGUGUCCGCUAAAACAAAUCUGUAUUUUUUAAUAAACUGGUCCCGAUUUUUUAAAAAUACAUUUAUCAUGCAGACCAGCAAAAUUGUAGUCUAUUUGUAUCCCCCCUCCUGAAAAACUGAUAUCAUGAUUGCAGAAAAUCAAAUAAAGUACACAUUUGGCUUAUAGUGAACUAUAUGAAAUGAAUGUUCAAUGUAGUAGGCUACCUACCCUUUUGUCUUUAUUAUGUAACCAACAAAUGUGUACAAGGUGUCAAGUCCCACCCCUCCUCCCAAAAACAAACAUUUGUUUCACUUAAUAUUCAUAUAAAAAAAUAUACGGUCAAAGCUAUUUAAUUAAACAGAUGUGAUCUGUAACAGUUGUUUCUCCUGAGCAGCAGUCUGUUCUGAACCAAUAAGGGUUAUAAGUCCUAAAACAUGUAUUUGUCUGGAAAACUUGGCCCUGUCCCCAAACAACCCCUAACCCCCAAAACCUCAAACGUGAUGUAUAUCCGUAGGUAAAUGCAAUAUGGCAGAAGCUCCUCCUUGCCUUCUGAUUGGCCAAGAUGAAUCUCUGAUAGGGGCUAGGGGCUUGGGGUUGUUACAAAGUGAACCCGAGCCAUACAGUCCAAUUCUAGUAGACUGUAUUAUGUCUGUGGUCAAUAAAGAGUAACAUGUUCUAUGUUA